UAAGGCGGCUGGUACUUCCUGCUCACUCGUAUGAGGAGACUGGAGGCGGCCGAGGAAGGAGGAGAAGAAGCGGCGAAGCUGUGAGCGAGCUGCUGCCACUGUCAGCAGGAAGAGGAACAAUGAAAACUGGUUGCAGUAUUGUUGAAAAGCCUAAAGGAGGGGGUGGUUAUCACUUCCCCGACUGGGCAUACAAGGCAGAGUCAAGCCCAGGCUCCCGUCAGAUCCAACUGUGGCACUUCAUCUUGGAGCUGCUGCAGAAGGAGGAGUUCCGCCAUGUCAUCGCCUGGCAACAGGGGGAGUACGGCGAGUUUGUCAUCAAGGACCCCGAUGAAGUGGCCAGGCUGUGGGGCCGGCGGAAGUGUAAACCCCAGAUGAAUUAUGACAAGCUGAGCCGGGCACUCAGAUAUUAUUACAAUAAAAGGAUCCUGCAUAAAACAAAGGGGAAGAGGUUCACCUAUAAAUUCAACUUCAACAAGCUGGUUAUGCCCAAUUAUCCUUUCAUCAACAUCAGACCCAAUGGUGGUGUUCCUCAGAGUGCUCCACCAAUCCCUUCAGCCUCCUCCCACUUCCACUUCUCGUCUCUAGACUCCCCUAAUGAGGAUGCUCACGUCUCUCGUUUCUCUGGAAGCUCCACAGCACAGUCUAGCCGCGAAUCCUUGAACGAUAUUGGUGAACGCAAGCAGAUGCCCUCAGAACCUGAAGACUUACACUCAGAAUGGCGCCGCAGCGCAGACUUCAUGUCUUCUCGAAACACAGUUGGCCAUGGCACCCAUGGCCUCCAGAAGCAUAAAUCUGAUCUCAUGCUUCCAGUAUUCUCAAUGCCUGGAAUGUAUGGAGAUCCCCACAGUCCUUUUUCUGUGUCUCCUCUUCCAGGACGCGGAGGCUUGCUCAAUAUGCCCAUCUCCCCAGCCUUGUCUUUGACUCCAACAGUCUUUUCUUACAGUCCUUCACCUGGACUGAGCCCAGCGUUUCAGAGCGGCAGCUGCUUUAACUUUAACCCCGAAGAGAUGAAACACUACCUGCAGGCCCAGGCUUGCUCUGUAUUUAACUACCACCUAAGUCCACGGACUUUACCAAGAAUGCCCAGCUUCAUGAUGCCACCACCCCAUCGCCCUUAUCCUCCUGAAGAGCAGCCAGCAUUCCCUAUUAAGCUGCAGCCUCCUCCAAUGGGAAGGAAGAGUAGGGAGCAGCGUCCUGAGGAUAUGAGGUCUCUUCCUCCGCAAGCUCCCCUACCACCCGUGAAAUUGGAGCCAGUGUCUGACGAUGAAGCCAUCUCUGAGGAUGAAGCCGAAUUUUCAGACAAAGAUGAUUUUGAGAGCGAUGACGAGAAACCGUUUUCAAGGCCAGAUGCUGAGAGGGAAAAGCAUACAUUUGUCAAACCCGCUGCCCCUUCCUGGCCAAAUUUCCCCACCGUUUCACCUCAAGUCAACUACCCUAAGGAGGGUACAGAACAACCAGCUGAGGCUGCAGACAAGGCAGCAGUUAAGAACAUUACUAGUGAUGCUGUUGUGGCAGAAAAAAAGGAGGACUCUUUGCCACCAAAAUUCCGCCUUAAGCGCCUCUGGAAUGAGGAACGACAGGGAGAGGGCGUUGAGGAACGAGAGUGCCGAAAAGUCAGCUGCAUCAUCAGUGGCUUGCGUGUUACUGACCUGCCCGCAGAAACAAAGGCUGUAGCUGCCACUGACUCCUAGUACUGGAACAUGUCAUUUUAAUUUUUUAUUUGUAAUCUCAAUGUAGAAUUGCUGCAGAAAGGUUGAGGUUAAAGGUUUGGUUGUAUUAUUCCUGGACUUCUCUGACAUUGCAGGUGAUGCUUAAGUAUGUACAUUAUUUUCUUUUUUUUUCUUUUAGAGUUUUCAAGGGGAAAGAUU